AUGUUCGGGAUGCCUUACAGCUCGGAGCCUGUCGAGCAAGAGCUUCUUCCGCCAGAGAAGAUUGUCGUGCCGGCAUCCGGCCAGGCGAUCGACUUCCGGGCCGAGCUCAAGGGCCUCCUGAACAGCAUCAUGGCCAACUACGGCCAAUUCAUGGAGAUGCUCGUCAGCUCGCCUGCCCGGGCACACGAAAAGCUGUCGGACGUGGAGACGCUAUUUGUUAACUUCCACAGCCUCCUCAAUCGGUAUCGGGCGCACCAGGCGCGACAUAUCGUCCUCGAGCGCUUGCGCAGCCAGGCGAAAGAAAACGACGCGGUCAUGUCCGCCCUCGAGGCAGCCAUGCACCAGUGCACCUCGGCGCAAGAAGGCGCGUUCUCCUGCCUCGGCCUUCAAGAAAACGGCGCCAGCGGUGUUGCCGAGGGAGAGGGGGAGAGAGCACGGCAGGGCCGCGUGGAAAUGGAUGUAGAUGAAACUAUUGGGGGGGCGGCUACUACGGCUGUGGGUGAGGGUGGGGUCGCGGGGGAGGGGGUAGCGGCGAGCGAGUUCGGGAAGGCCGGCAAGGGCAAGUUGGGAGCGGUUUUGGCGCCAGCUGUAGAAAGUGGAAACCCCCGAUGA